CUCAGCCAUGGCCACUUCUCUUCUAACUUCUGUGGCAGGGCUUGCCCUAAUUAUCCUGCAUGUCUGUGCUCUCGAUAAUUUUAUAGCUGCUGUGUAUGAACAUGCAGUUAUAUUACCAAAUAAAACAGAAAUCCCUGUUUCUCAGGAGGAAGCCUUGCUCGUCAUGAACAAGAAUAUAGAUAUUCUGGAGAUACCAAUUAAGCAGGCAGCUCAGCAAGGUGCUCAAAUCAUUUUGACUCCAGAAGAUGCACUUUAUGGAUGGAAAUUUACCAGGAAAACCAUUUUCCCUUACCUAGAGGAUGUUCCAGAACCUCAGGUGAACUGGAUUCCAUGUCAAGACCCCCACAGAUUUGGUCACACACCAGUACAAGUAAGACUCAGCUGCCUGGCUAAGAACAACUCUAUCUAUAUCUUGGUAAAUAUUGGAGACAAAAAACAAUGCAAAUCAAAUGGAUGUCCUCCUAAUGGCUAUUAUCAAUACAAUACCAAUGUGGUGUAUGAUACAAAGGGAAAGCUGGUGGCACGUUACCAUAAGUAUCACCUCUACGUGGAGCCUCAGUUUGAUACCCCUGGAAAACCAGAAUUGGUAACUUUCAAUACCACAUUUGGGAUGUUCGGCAUUUUCACGUGCUUUGAUAUACUGUUCCAUGAUCCUGCUAUUACCCUAGUGAAAGAUUUCCACGUGGACACCAUAUUGUUUCCUGCAGCUUGGAUGAAUGUUUUGCCCCUUUUGACAGCUAUUGAAUUCCAUUCAGCUUGGGCAAUGGGAAUGGGAGUUAAUCUUCUUGCAGCCAACAUACAUCAUCCCAGACUAAAUAUGACAGGGAGUGGUAUCUAUGCACCACAUGCUCCCAAAGUGUACCACUAUGACAUGGAGACACAGAUGGGAAAGAUCCUCUUUUCAAAGUUGGAGUCACAUCCUCAUACCUCUCCUGUCUACCCAGUGGCUGUAAAUUGGAGUGCCUAUGCUACAAGUAUCAAACCCUUCCAAGUACAGAAAAAAACUUUUGGAGGCUUUAUUUCCCGGGAUGUGUUUAACUUCACAGAACUUUUUGAAAAUGCAGGAAAUCUUACAGUCUGUCAAAAAGAGUUAUGUUGUCAUUUAAGCUACAGAAUAUUAAAAAAAGAAGAGAAUGAAGUGUAUGUUCUGGGAGCUUUUACUGGACUUCACGGCCGAAGAAGAAGAGAGUACUGGCAGGUAUGCACAAUGCUGAAGUGCAAAAGUGCUAAUUUGACCACUUGUGGACGGCCAAUAGAAACUGCUUUGACAAGAUUUGAAAUGUUCUCCCUCAGUGGUACAUUUGGAACAAAAUAUGUUUUUCCUGAAGUGCUGCUUUCUAAAAUUCAUCUGUCGCCUGAAAAAUUUGAGGUGCUAAAAGAUGGACGUUUGGUAAACAAGAAUGGGUCAUCUGGGCCUAUUCUAACAGUGUCACUAUUUGGGAGAUGGUAUAAAAAGGAUUCAUUUUACCAUUCAGGUGCAUCCAGAAACUCAGCAAUAACUUACUUGCUAAUAUCCACAUCAUUAAUGAUUUGCAAACUACUGUAAUGAUGUAAGAUAUCUUUUUAUCAUUUUUGCAUUAUAUAUUUUGCUAAAUUUGCUUAUCAGGUUCCCAAGUUUACUAAAAAGCUUUAAAGGGCAUAAGUUAGGUGCUGGUGGUUCACACCUGUAAUCUUAGCAUGGGAGGAGCAAAGCUCAAGACCAGCUUGGGCAAUAUUUCUUAAGAUCCCAUCUCUAAAAUAAC